AUGCCUGCUCCAACACACAGGCUCAAUUCCAAUGAGCUGUUGAACUCGCCUGGUCUCCUAGGCGCGGCGGCGCGCUUCUGGCAGCGCUCGUAUGCCUCGGAUUAUGUUGGCAUUGCCAUCUUAGUAUGCGGGUACAUACUGGCACAGAUACAAUUCCUCGCCGAACCCUUCCACCGCAUGUUCUUCCUCGACAACCUCGCCAUCAACUACCCCCACGCAGAACACGAACGCGUCCCCGUCUCCUGGCUCUUCAUCUACGCCGGCGCCGUGCCCCUCGGCGUCCUCAUCGCCUGGGCCCUUGUCCUGCGCCCCGGAACGCACAAAGCGCACGUUACAAUCCUCGGCUGGUUCAUCAGCAUGAUCCUCACCAUGUUCAUCACCGACGUGAUCAAGAAUGCCGUCGGUCGCCCCCGCCCCGAUCUCAUCGCUCGAUGCAAACCCGCUCCUGGCACGCCAGCACACCAACUCGUCACCUUUGACGUCUGCACCGAAACGAAUCAUCACGUUUUACACGACGGGUGGCGCAGUUUCCCAAGCGGACAUAGCAGUUUCUCCUUCAGCGGACUCGGCUACCUCGCCCUCUUCAUCGCAGGCCAAUGCCACGUCUACCGCCCACGCGCCGACCUCGCCCGCGUCCUCCUCGCUCUCGCACCCCUGCUUGGCGCAGCGCUUAUUGCGAUUUCGCGUUGUGAAGACUAUAGACAUGAUGUUUACGAUGUUAGUGUGGGGUCGGUGCUGGGUAUGGCUGUGGCGCAUUACACGUAUAGGAGGUAUUAUCCUGCGCUGAGGAAUCGGGGGUGUGCGGAGCCGUUUCCUAAUCCUGCGGAUGAGAAGGGCUGGGGGAAGGUCAAGGGGGAUGAGGAGAGCUUGAGGAAUGCGGAGGAGUUUGAACUUAGUGAUCUGGAGGAGGGGGAUGAGGAGGGGAGGAUGUUGAAUGGGCGGCGGUGA